UUAUUUAUGAUUUUUUUUUUUCUUUUUGUUCAGGCACUUGUUAGUCGACUUGUAGUCCCUGUGAGGACCCCUCAGUCAUCAAACAUGGCGGCGUCCGUAAGGGUGUGCAGUGCCCUCCGUAUCACAAUCGGAGGUGCAGCCUCAGUACGCUCUCAGGCUGCGGUGGGCGCUGUUCACUUCUCCCAUUUUCUGUGUCGAGCCUCAUCGUCAUCUUCUCUCCAAAGACAAACUGCGUUUCCACUCAACCCACCAACAUGGCAGCAGACCAGACAUGGCAGCUUCUUCAACAAGUUGACGGCAGAGGAGCUGUGGAAAGGUGUUCUGGCAGAGUCCGGCGCCGGAGCCCGGAAGGGCAGAGGGAAGCGGACCAAACGGAAGUUAAAGAGAGACCUGAAUCGAGGACAGGUCAUCGGAGAAGGCCGCGGCGGGUUCCUGUGGCCCGGCCUGAAUGCUCCGGUGUUGAAGGACGGUACUUUGCAGAGCAUGAGCAGAAGAGGAGAGACUGAACAGCAGGAGCUCCAAGCUGAACUGGUGCGUCAAAAGGAUGAGUGGGAAAAGAGGAGGAAGAUGAGGGUGAAGAGGGAGAGAGGGUGGACCGGGAACUCCUGGGGGGGCACCAGUUUGGGUCCCCCUGAUCCUGGACCCAAUGGAGAAACCUACGAGGACUUUGAUUCGCGGGUUAUUGAGGUGAAGAGUGUUUUUAACAUGACUGCCAAAGAAGGCCGAAAGAGGUCGAUCAGCUGUUUGGUCGCUGUUGGAAAUGGGAAUGGAGCUGCAGGUUUUGCUCUGGGAAAAGCAGCAGACAGAAUCACAGCUCUGAGGAAGGCUAAGAACCGAGCCAUCCACUACCUGUACUAUAUAGAACGAUACAACAACCACACAAUUUAUCAUGAUAUUGAGUCCAAGUUCAAGAGGACGACGCUCCGCAUGAAGAAACAAAACGAAGGGUACGGUCUGCACUGCCACAGAGCCGUCAUCACCCUCUGCAAGCUGAUCGGCAUCAAGGACAUGUACUGUAAGGUGGAAGGAUCGGUCAACCUCCUCAACAUCACCAGAGCUCUGUUCACUGGAUUAGCCCAGCAGGAAACUCAUCAGGUUCUGGCUGAUAAGAAGAAGCUCCACGUCGUGGAGUUUCAGUCAAACCAAGGCCCGCUGCCCAUUGUGGUGGCGAGCCCCAAAGACGCCGUUCGCACCACCCCCGAGUCCGAGGACGAGAUUCCCAACACCAAACUGCACUGGGGCGACGUCCGAGUGGCUCAGGGGAUUAAACGCUCCGUCUGGACCGGCGUCAAGCGCACCGUCUGGUAGACCAGGAAAGAUGGGAAGCAGGGAAUCCCAGUUGUUGAAUUCUUUUUUGACAGUACCAAUGUAUAUUUGUUUUUAGGCUGGUUUUUUUGGGUCAACAAAAGUCUAAAAUAAAUAAACUUCUGCAAUUUAACAAACUUUAAAAUUAAAUUCCAGAAAAUACCACAAAUUGAAAUAUCCUGUGCUUCCCCAUGUGUAAAUCUUUCAAACUGCAGUACAAAAAAUAAAGGAAAUAAACUGU